AUGGAAAGCAAGGACGGAGCCAGAGAGACAAUCUCAGAGGAAUCAACCGUAAUCACGAAAAACGAAUGGACAUUCUUCAACCCCGCACAGAAGUUCAACCGCGACAUAUCCAUAGAGGUCGUCAAGGAGUGCUUCAAGGACAGGGCCUCCAUCAGAGUUCUGGAUGCAAUGUCCGCCACAGGACUGCGGGGCAUAAGAUACCUUAAGGAAAUAGGCAACUCGAUAGUCUAUUUGAACGACAUCUCCCAGUCCUCUGUGGACACAAUCAGAUCAAACGUCCUGCUGAAUGGAAUCGAGGAUGCAGAGUACUUCGGGUCUGAUUUGCAGGGCAUCAAGGAAAGUGGCAAUGCAAGGGCCAAUGUCGUCAAGUCAGACUGCAAUGUUCUGAUGACUUCCUUGCCCUGCUUCUUUGACGUUAUUGACAUAGAUCCUUUUGGAAGCUGCUCAGAGUACAUCGACAGCGCACUGCGAGCAAUCAGGCACAAGGGAAUUCUGUGUCUUACUGCAACAGACAAGGGGGUUCUGUGCUCGAACGAGAGGAAGUGCCUUAUCAAGUAUUCCACAAGCAUCAUGAAGGGAAUGGGAAUGAACGAGGUUCCGCUAAGAACAAUUGUGUCGCUUGUAUCGAGGCAGGCAUCCAAGUUUGACUGCAGUGUGGAGCCUGUGAUGUCACUGAGCAUUGACUUCUAUGUCCGGAUAUUUCUGCGGAUAGUGAGAAGAAACCCAAGAUCUGUGGUUGAGAGGAACAGUCAUGUGCUAAUGUGUGUCUGCCACAACCUUGCCGAGAUAAGAAGCGGGCAAAGAGAAAUCGACAGCAGAUGCAGCAAUUGCAGUAGGAGGAUGAGGCUGUGCGGGCCAUUCUGGAACGGUCCCCUGCAUGAUGUAAAGGUGAUUCAGGGGGUUCUGGGUGGUAUGAAUGGUGGCAACAAGAGACUGCUUGGCAUACUGAGGUACCUAGAACAGGAGAUACCAACGAUGUUCUACUACGAGAUUCCACGGCUGUGUUCGCUCCUGGGCAUCAGCACCAUCAAACAAUCGAGGCUGAUGCAUGCACUGGCAAACAUGGGAUACCAGGUGUCCUACACACACUCUGAGCUGAAUGCCAUCAAGACGAACGCACCCAUCGCAUCCAUAAACAAAGUGUUGAUCCUGAGUGGUGCAGGCGACCAGGAAAGGAUGGAGGAGCUUGGAGUAGAGUUUAAUGGAAACGAAGGUGUGAAGGCUCUCGAGUCCAUAGAGUUUUUCAAGGGACUACUGAAGUCUGGGAUGGGUCCUCUUCCUCUUCCCAGAAAGCAUUAA